AUUAAAAGUCUAACUUGCAACGAACAUAAAAUAAAUCAAGAAAAUAGAAGAUAAUAAAUCCUCAAAUUAGUAAUCAUGUAACAAAAUUAUGACUCCUAAUUUUUUAUAUGAUCACUAAUAAUGUGAUCAUCAUCUUCUUUAAGUUUAUUUGAAAAAUGCAAGGCAAACAUGCGAACACUUUAGUUGGUUUGACGUGUAAGCCUCACUAAGUCAAGGUAUAAGCCUCAAUAAAAUGAGAUACUAAACAAAUAUUGUACAUGACAUGUCCAGCUAAGAGGGAGCUCUUAAUCUGGGAUACACGUUUCACCAUCAUUGAAGGGAUUGCUCAAGGAUUACUCUAUCUUCACAAAUACUCGCGAAUACGGAUAAUUCACAGGGAUUUGAAAGCCAGUAACAUAUUACUUGAUGAGGAAAUGAACCCCAAAAUAUCUGAUUUUGGAAUUGCAAAAAUCUUCAAGCAGAAUCUGAUAGAAGCAAAUACAAAUAAGUGUGCUGGAACAUAUGGUUAUAUGGCUCCUGAGUAUGCGAUGCAGGGUAUUUACUCUAUCAAAUCAGAUGUCUAUAGUUUUGGAGUUUUAGUACUUGAGAUUGUGAGUGGUCGAAAAAACAAUAGCUUCCAAAAUGAAGAAGGUCCUCUCAAUCUAGUAGAAUAUGCUUGGGAACUUUGGAGUAACAAUGCUGCAAUCGAGAUCAUGGAUCCGAUGCUGAAAUGUUCACGCAGUCGUAUUGAUCAAUUGAAAAGAUGCAUUCAUGUUGGUCUUUUAUGCUUGGAAAAUCAUGCAACUGAUCGCCCUACAAUUGAGGAUGUUAUAUCCUUGUUAAAAAAUGAAAUGAUGCCUUUGCCAAUGCCAAACUGUCCAGCAUUUGUCACCAGAAAUAGUACAGUUUAUGAACUUGAAAAUGGCAAGUCCGAAAAGUUUUCAGCUAAUGGACUCUCGAUGUCUGCAAUCGAUGGAAGAUAGUUACACUCGAGAGCUACUCUUAUUUGUUACACUGAGUACUCCAUGAUAUUUCAAGGCAUUACUAAACCACAUAACUUUUGAAAAAUUCUAUUUUCGCUAUGCAUUAAAGAUAUUUGUGUUCAAUGUAAUUAUUGGUUUUCAUUUGUGAUG